UUGGAGACUGAAGUUGAACAAUCCACUUUGAAUAAAAACUACCGCGCAAAACAGUAAAGAAGAUUAAAGAAAUCAAUUACAUGUUUCUGAAACAAACACUAUAAAAUGGCUCCGAAACGUAAACGUAAAGCCCAAAAUCAACCUGUGUUGACCACAGGCAGUGCUGUAACAAAAUCCAAGGUUUUAAAAACGGAAGAUCCAGUAUUAGAUGCUAAUCUUCCAGUUUUGUAUAUAGAACAUUGCCGAUCCUGAAACGUAUUUCGCCGCCGGGCUCUUCAAGUUCAUGCUGAUCUGCUUGAACAACUGCGUGCAUUAAAGCCAGAUGUAGAACUUCAAUUGCUUAUGAAUGUCGAACGUCCACCACGGCGAGGUUCAUUUGAGAUAUCUAUUGCCACAAGUCCUACCGAAGAACGACAAGAAAUAUGGUCAGGAUUAAAUAGGAAACCGCGAGCACAAAAAUUUCCACCUAUUAAUGAGUUAACUGAGGCGGCAAGCCGAGUUUUGGGCUUAAAUGCGGUCAAGGACAAGGAAGGUGAGAAUGACGCUCCUAAAGAUCAGACUGAGCAAAAAGAGAGUACUAAAUCUGGUAAUAAGCGGAAACGUUCUAUAUAAAAAAUGUUUUAAUUUUUGAAAACAGCGUAGCAUUUAUGACUAUCGUUUGGUAAAAUCUCUAAUAGAGAAGCUAAACGGUAUGAUGCUUUUUUGCUCAUAACGUUUGAUGAAAUUAAAAUAUUAAAAAAAUAUGCAUAAUUUAAAUGUUAUUGCUGUAAGUUGGAAUACGUUUCAUUACUUCAUUACAAAUACUUGAAAUGUACGCAUAUAAUUUUGUUAAACUAAGUUAUUUGUUGCUGACUUUCAUUAUUACUUAAACACAGUAUUACAAGUUAAGUUGACCACAUACUAAUUAACGGUUAUAAUGAGGGCCGAGGGGGAAUCUGCUUUAAUAAGCAGUAAUUAAACAAUUGUUAAAACAGCUAAAAUGAAUCACAUUUUUUUAUUCUUGUAAAAAACGUAUGAAUUUUUGAAAUUAAAAUAUCUUUGUUCAAAAA